AUGGACAGCUCGCAAAACCACUCAAAAUCCCCCACACAUGAAGGUCCCUCGCGUGAGACUCUGGACCCAAUCGUAUCAUAUCUCAAAGGAUUUACCUAUCAAUGGCCCUGGAGUGAUCGUUGUGAAGACUUAGAGAAUUAUCGCCCCGGAGGAUAUCAUACCGUCCAUAUCGGUGACCUUUUCUCCGAUGAGCGAUACCGGGUCCUUCAUAAGCUGGGAGGCGGUGGAUCCUCGACUGUAUGGAUGUGCCGGGACACCCAGACCGGCAAACUUGUUGCGCUAAAAAUCCUCAUGGCGGACGAAUCUAGUCGAGACUGUCCCGAAUUGAAGGUCCAAGAGAGGCUUGAAAUAAAGUAUCCGAAAGCUGCAACCUCGCCCCUUUUGGCCCUGCCAAAGGACCAUUUCUGGGUAGAUGGUCCUAAUGGACAUCACCUCUGCCUUGUUAUGCCUCUGCUCGGGCCACGUAUCCUGGAAGGACUUUGGCGGAUGCCAGACCGACAAGUCUUGUCACCAAAGAUUGCUUAUCAAGUUGCUCAAGCUUUAGAGCUUGUUCAUAAGAGUGGUUUAUGCCACGGAGAUUUCCACCCUAUGAACAUCCUGCUCAAAAUUAAAGAGCUUGAUGAUCUUGAUGACGAAUCUCUCCUUCAAAUGUUGGGGUGGCCGAAGUGUGAAUCGAUUGUCCUUCAAGAUGGAAGUUCGCCAGGACGCAAUGCUCCUGCAUACGUUGUUGAAUAUCUCAAUUUCGAUCCUAGUCUCUACAAGAACGAAAUUUGCCUCAUCGACUUUGGCACGUCGAUCCCUAUAGGCACUCCAAGUCUUUGUGAAAGGGUUCCGCUACUGCCUUAUAUCUCUCCCGAGUUUCUUCUGCAGCGGAACCCAGGACAGCACAGCGAUCUCUGGGCCCUUGGCUGCAUGACUUUUGUAAUCAUUACUGGAGAAGAAACUUUCCCUUGUUGUACUCGAUAUCCGUCAGAAUUGGUACCGCAAUGGGUACAGUUAUUGGGUCGCAUGCCGGAUGACUUAUGGGGCAUGUGGGAGCAUCGCUCACGGUUUUACGAUGAGGAAGGCAAGCCUGUGAGUGAAGACGACGAGUACAUACUAUAUAUGACGGAAAAGAAAACAUGGGAUCAGAUCAUAUCGGAGAGCAUCACCUCUGAUGAUGGCACUCCCAACAACAAUUCAACGCUGGGGGAUUCAAGUGUUGACCGAGCACUGUUCACUGAUUUGAUCUCCAAAUUGGUGCAGUAUGACACUGGAGCGCGAGGUAGCGUCACGGAGGUUUUGGAACACGAUUAUUGGAAAGUUGACAGAGGGAUCAAAAAUGUGAAGAAGCGAAAACGGACCUCUAGCGUUGGUGAUGUUGACGCUGGCACUGCAACUUCAACUUCCAAGGUAGACGGAGAGAUCAAGGACGUGAAGAAGCCAAAACGAGCCUCCAGCAUUGCUGAUAUUGACGAUGGCACUCCAUCAACACCAAAGGAAGACGGAGAGGACAAGGGUGUGGAGGAGCCAGGGCAAGCCUCCGGCAUUGCUGAUGUUGACGAUGGCACUCCAUCAACACCAAAGGAAGACGGAGAGGACAAGGGUGUGGAGGAGCCAGGGCAAGCCUCUGGUAUUGCUAAUGUUGACGAUGACACUCCAUCAACACCAAAGGAAGACGGAGAGGACAAGGGUGUGGAGGAGCCAGGGCAAGCCUCCGCCAUUGCUGAUGUUGACGACGACACUGCAUCUUCAAUGACCAAGGUAGACACCCAAUGA